GAAAUGUCAAAAAGCCCAUAAACAAGGCGAUAACCCAAUUUUUGGGAGAAAGCCAGAUUCCGUCUGCUGCAGUUUUUCACAAGCUCUUCGAGUGCUCCCAAAAUCCAUUUUGUCACUGCCACUGCCACUGCGAAUUGCAAUAUGGAAGCAUUUCUCGAUCCUUUCAUUUUCCUAUUCUUCAUUUCUUGCACAACCCAUAAAGUCUCUGCUCUCUGAGUAUUAGUUAGAGGGAAUCAGGUUCAUGUUACGGUUGCCAAAGUCGAUGAUCUUUUCGAGGAUCGGAGCUUCUCUAUCUCGCUCUACACUUUCCAAACUACAUUCUAAUGGGCAUUUGGGUUGUUGCAAUGUGAGGAUUUUUUCGGUAAGGGAAUCUUGUUUGGAGGCUAACCCUCUUAGUAGUCCAUGUAUUUCCCACCUGUAUGGUUGCUUAGGACUUGCGAAGGCUUAUUCAAUAUCAACUGGGGUUGGAGCUGGUAAGCAGCUCGUUUCUAGAAAGUACUUGGAGAAUGUCAGUUAUUUUCUAGCAAACCCUAGGGUUCGUCGCCUGUUCUCCAGCAGAUCGCCGAAGAAAAGAAACUAUGAGAAUUACCCUAAGGAUAAGAAGGAGAUUCCAAAAGCCAAAGAGCAGAAGACAGAAUCUAAAGGAGACUCUAAUACUGGUCACACAGAUUCACAAGAGGACUUUACUCGGCAGUUUGAGAAUUUGAUUGCCCCUUUAUUAUUUGUUGGCUUCAUUUUUUCAUCACUUUUUAUGGAUCCUCAUGAACAGAAGCAGAUUAGUUUCCAAGAGUUUAGAAAUAAACUUCUCGAACCUGGUUUAGUGGAUCGGAUUGAAGUUGCAGACAGAUCUGUUGCAAAAGUGUACGUAAGGAGCUUUCCACAUAAGACAGGGCAAAGAGAAGAUGAUGUUCCACAGAUUCCUGAUUAUGGGAAGCCAGCUAUGGGUAACGUAAGCCAAUAUAAAUACUAUUUCAAUGUUGGAAGUGUUGAAUUGUUCGAGGAGAAGUUGGAGAAGGCCCAAACUUCUUUGGGGAUUGAUCCUCAUGAUUUUGUUCCAGUGAUUUAUGUCUCCCAAGUUAGUUGGUACCAGGAAUUGAUGAAGUUUGCACUUGCAUCCUUGCCUUUGGGAACCCUUUAUUUCAUGGGGAAAAGGUUGCAGGGUGGGUUAGGUGUUGGUGGUCCAGGUGGAAGACGUGGGCGUGGGAUAUUCAACAUGGGAAAGGCACAUAUAACUAAAAUGGAUAAGAAUGCCAAAAAUAAGGUUUAUUUUAAAGAUGUAGCUGGUUGCGAUGAGGCAAAGCAAGAAAUUGUGGAGUUUGUGCACUUCCUUAAGAAUCCAAAGAAAUAUGAGGAGUUAGGAGCAAAAAUUCCCAAAGGUGCUCUACUCGUUGGUCCCCCUGGUACUGGGAAAACGCUCCUAGCAAAAGCAACUGCAGGUGAAUCUGAUGUGCCUUUCCUCUCCAUCUCUGGAUCAGAUUUUCUGGAAAUGUUUGUGGGGGUUGGGCCAUCAAGGGUUAGAAACCUAUUUCAAGAAGCUAGAAAAUGUGCUCCAAGUAUUGUAUUUAUUGAUGAGAUAGAUGCGAUUGGACGAGCAAGGAGCCGAGGGGGCUUUGGUGGAGGGAAUGAUGAGCGUGAAAGUACUCUUAAUCAGUUGCUGGUAGAAAUGGAUGGGUUUGGAACUACUUCUGGCGUUGUGAUACUUGCUGGUACCAACAGACCUGAUAUUUUGGAUAAAGCUCUAUUGAGGCCUGGUCGAUUUGAUCGGCAGAUAACAAUCGAUAAACCUGACAUUAAAGGACGUGACCAAAUUUUCCUAAUUUAUCUAAAGAAGUUAAAGCUUGAUCAUGAGCCGUCAUACUAUUCGCAGAGACUUGCCGCUCUGACUCCUGGAUUUGCUGGAGCAGACAUCGCAAAUGUUUGCAAUGAAGCUGCUUUAAUUGCUGCCAGAAACGAAAGUAGAGUGAUUACUAUGGAACAUUUUGAGGGAGCUAUAGACAGAGUUAUAGGUGGUCUGGAGAAAAGGAAUAAGUUGAUAAGCAAGCUGGAACGAAGGACUGUUGCAUACCAUGAAUCUGGUCAUGCUGUUGCUGGUUGGUUUUUGGAACACGGAGAGCCCCUGCUCAAAGUAACAAUUGUCCCUCGUGGUACUGCUGCUCUUGGGUUUGCUCAAUAUGUUCCCAAUGAGAAUCUUCUUAUGACAAAAGAACAACUCUUUGACGUGACAUGCAUGACCCUUGGUGGUCGAGCUGCCGAGCAGGUUCUGUUGGGGAAAAUAUCAACUGGAGCUCAGAAUGAUCUUGAGAAAGUGACCAAGAUGACUUAUGCGCAAGUUGCUGUUUAUGGUUUCAGUGACAAGGUAGGUCUUCUUUCUUUCCCCCAAAGGGACAAGAUGUUCGAGAUGUCCAAGCCCUACAGCAGCAAGACGGGUGCAAUUAUAGACAAUGAAGUUAGAGAGUGGGUGACUAAGGCAUAUGAACGCACAGUUCAGUUGAUAGAGGAGCACAAAGAACACGUAGCUAAGAUUGCUGAGCUAUUGCUUGAAAAGGAGGUCUUACAUCAAGAUGACUUGGUCCGUGUGUUGGGGGAGCGCCCAUUUAAGUCAAUCGAGCCCACAAAUUAUGAUAGAUUCAAGCAAGGUUUCAGAGAUGAAGUUAGUGGAGCUAAAGAGAAAACAAAGGGUGGAAAUGCAGGGAACAGUGCAUCACCACCCUUCUGACCAGAUAUAGUACUUGGUUUCUGAUCCAAACAUCUGUGAUCUCAUCACUUCAAACAUUGUUAUUUUUCUUUUUUAUCAGUUCGUACAUAAAGAAAGAGAAAAGUAAUUAAAGUUUUUGAAGCUGAGGAGUAAAGAUCACAGCUGUUUGAGCUCAUGAGGAGGUAAACCUUGAGGUUUCAUCUUUUGAUUAGAAGUUAUUGUUUUUCUUUAGGCUGCUUUUGGUGAAAUUGUGAAGAUACUAUAAAAUGCCAGUAAGUAUCAUCUCUAUGAAGCAAGCUUGUAUAUAAAUGCACCUUCUGUUUGCCUUCUACCAAAUGUUCUCAAUCAAAUGGGUUUCUUCUUUUCUUUUCUUCAA